CACUCGCUCGGAGCGGUCUAUUCAAGUUGUUCAGUGAUUGCCUUAAAGUAGCACAUCCACCUCUCUCUCUCUUUCUCGCGGUUUGUCAUCGCUCGUUCGCUCUCACCAACGCACUCAAACGAAACUUCCAGACCGACCACCUCAGCUCAGUUCUCCACCAAGAAAGAACGCGUGAAUAAAACCAGCGAAACCUCUUCUUUACCGAGGCACAGUUCGUCGUGUGCUAAUCCAAACGCAUCCAACAAAGCAACUCGGCGAUAAUCGCUAAGCGAAGCGUUACUUUUCUUCACUUGUGUCUAUUUUGUUUAUCGUAUGUCCAUCCAGAAUCUUAAUACAUUUGACCCAUUUGCUGAUGCAAUAAAGGGUGCAGACUAUGAUGUGCAGGACGGUCUCGUGCACAUAAGAAUUCAGCAGAGAAAUGGUCGCAAAACGCUAACCACUGUUCAGGGAUUGUCGGCCGAGUACGACCUGAAGAAGAUCGUGCGAGCAUGUAAGAAGGAAUUUGCAUGCAAUGGCACAGUAAUUGAGCAUCCUGAGUACGGCGAGGUACUACAGCUGCAGGGUGACCAGCGGGAAAAUAUUUGCCAGUGGCUAACGAAGUCCGGUCUCGCGAAGCCGGAUCAGCUGAAGGUGCACGGUUUUUAAGUCGAACCUACCUACCGUCAACCACGCUCCGUUAGUGUGUGCAUGUGACGUGUGAAGAGCGUGAAACAAUAGUAGGAGUAACAAAAGGAGAAUUAGGGCAAACAAUAAGAGGGGAACACAACAGUAAUAGUGUACUGAUCGUCUUCAACCACCCUCGGUCCUGAACGCCUGAUCUUUCUUUCUUAAAAAGCUCUCCGGGUGCUGUUCUACACACAUUGCUUAUUGCUUCACAUCGACAUUCGUGGCAUCCGUCGUACCGCUUAAUGAAUGUAAAUUCUCGCCCCCGAUUCUCAUCUCCUUUCCCCCUCCCUUACAUGUCUAUUUAUCGGUUCUAAAUUGCAAUUUGUAUCGCCCUUGAAUCAUCGAUCGAUCGAUCUAUUAACACACAAACAACAUCGAGCUCUGUCUCUUGUCGAGCUCUCAUUUGCGACACCGGUAGUCCGUAGGAUAAGCUCCUCAUCUCGUCUGGAGUGUUUUUCACUUUCGAUGAUAGAUUCCAUUAAAAAGCAAAGCGUAUUCCCAGGUGCAACAAUACACUACAAUCAGUGGCGAAGCGGACCAGCAGCAGCGGUCAGUACCACUGCCGUCCCUUCGUGUAGCAAUAGAAGAUGGCACUUUAUCGAUGCGGGUCGCCCAGCGGCUUGUAUCGAUAGAAAUGAGUCACUUUCUUUGUUGUAAAACCUGGCAUCAUGGGAACAUAGUGCAGGAUUAGAGUGCGUGCGCACGUGUGCGCGUACGUGACUGAGUGAGCGAGCGAGCGAGCGAGCAGAUAGAGAGAGAGAGAGAGGUGUAUGUGUGUGUGUUAGCCGCAGUUGAAGAAGUGCAGUGGUUUGCGGCCAACAUUAUAGAACAUCAUCAGGGCAAAAAUUAUUGAACGAAGACAACAAGACGGUGGUGAUGUGGACAUCCUUGACAACAGCGACAGCAACAACAGCAUCAGCCUUUUUUCCCUAAAAGGAAAACACCGUCUUCAGUACUUUGCCGCGUUAUACACUUUUGUCAUCUUAGAUCGAAAUAAUAAUGUAAAGCAAGCAACAACAACAACAACACAUAAAAAAUCAUAGCCAAAAUCAGAAAAA